AUGAACGGAGAAACCCUAAGGCUACCUCCAGGCCCUAAACCCCUUCCCAUCAUCGGCAACCUUUACCUAGUAAGGUCUCUCCCCAACCGAAGCCUCCACCGUCUUUCCCAAACCUACGGCCCAGUCAUGUACCUCAAACUCGGUGUUGUUCCCACCGUUGUCAUCUCUUCACCGGAGCUGGCCGAGCUUGUCCUUAAAACCCAUGAUCUUCACUUCUCCAACCGUGUGCCAUCUCAUUUUGGCCGGCUUUUCGGCAGUAAAGGCUUCGCCUUCAUUGACUAUGGCUCGUACUGGCGCGCUGCAAGGAAGCUUGCCGUCUCUCAAGUGUUGAGUGCCGGCAAGGUCAUGUCUUUUUCUUCUAUCAUGGAAGAAGAGCUCUUACUUUUCAUUAAGAAUCUCAAAGACUUCAUUUCUGAUGAUGCUACUACUGAUCACUUUGUUUCUGUCAAGAACAAGGUGGCUUCUCUCACUGGCAACACUUUGUGCAAGAUAACACUAGGGAGGAGAUGCAUGAAUGAGAAGAUUAAUGGUACUGGCUUAAGCUUUGGUGAUCUCUGCGGUGAGAUCAUUAAGCUUUUGAGCCACCACAACAUCUAUGAUCACCUGCCAAUUUUCAAUUGGCUUGAUGUUCAUGGAGUUUGCCGCCGUGGCAAGGUGGUGCUCCGGCUGGUUCGUGGUUUCAUAGACCUGAUCAUCGAUGAACAUGUUGCUAAAAGAGAAAGUAAUGAAAAAUCUAACAGCAGUGAUUUCAUUGACUUCUUGUUAUCUGUAAUGCAUGAUAAGAAACAAGAGUGGAUGGCUGGGUUUGAUUUUGAUCGAAGUCAUAUUAUUUCUAUUGUUUUGGACACCAUAAUUGGAGCAACAGACACAUUGCCGAGUAGUUUUGAGUGGGUGUUUGUGGAGGUUGUUAGGAACCAGGCGGUGAUGGAGAAGCUGAAGAGAGAACUAAAGAAAGUGAUCGGCAAUGAUCGGGAGAGAAUGAUUAAAGUCUCCGACUUGCCGGAGUUGAAGUACUUGGCCAUGGUUGUGAAAGGAGAGCUUGAGGUUGCAUCCCGGGACUGUAAAGUUUGGGAGAAUGCUGAAGAGUUUAUACCAGAGAGGUUUGAGGAUGAUCAUGAGGUUGAUGUGAGGGGAAGUGACUUCAGGGUUCUUCCAUUUGGGUCUGGUAGGAGGGCUUGUCCUGGGAUGAACUUUUCUCUGACUAUGAUUUCUCUUGUUUUGGCCAACUUAAUUCAUUCUUUUGAUUGGCAGCUUCCAGAUGGGAUUUCACCUUCUCAGAUUGACAUGCAAGAGAAAUAUGAUGGCCUUGUCAUAGCUCUUGUUACUCCUCUCCUUCUCAAACCAACACCCAAGCCUUGA